CGGCAGAAUUGGGUGGCGCCGGAGGUUCAUCCCGUCUAUGCAAAAAUCGGAGUGCUAGAUCCCUUCAAGAUCGCCAACCCCGACGGUGAUGUGUACAAGAUGAGCCGCCCAUUGACGAGUCGCCUCGCGGCGCAAUCGCUCUUCCGAAGCCCCCGAACCACUUCGAAUGCGCUGAAAUGCCCCUUCCAAGCGGCCCGACCGCUGUCGCACACCAGCGCCCGCCGGGCGGAUGAUUUCCCUCCUCCUCCUCCACGAGCUCCCCGAACCAGAGUGGCACGACCCAGCUCGACCUCGCUCCUCGAGAACAUCUACGGCACCGCACAGCCGCCGUCUGCAGCCCAGCCAGCUCAACCCAAUGCGAUGUCGAACCUGUCCCAGAGCCUCGUCUUCAAGACGCUCGGCAAGUCCAGCCUCGACUCAGGCCUGCUCGGUGCCAGCGGUCCCCGGACGGUGCAAGCCAAGGAGGACGACAUGGAGCCAUUCCACUUCCACAUCUACUCGCACAAGCACAACACCCACAUCACCUGCACGAAGCCAAACCGCGAACCCAUCAUCUCCCUAUCCUGCGGCAACAUCGGCUUCCGCAAGUCCCGCCGGGGCACCUUCGAUUCGGCCUACUCAUUGACCAAGUACGUCCUGGAGCGAUUGAUCCAUACCGGAUGGCCCAUGAAGAUUUCGCGACUAGAAGUGGUGAUGCGAGGUUUCGGCCAGGGACGAGAGGCGGCGCUCAAAGUGCUGAUGAGCCCCGAGGGCAAGGUGCUGCGUGACAAGAUUGUCCGUGUGGCCGACUCGACAAGAAUCAAGUUUGCCGGAACCAGAAGCGAGAAGCCGAGACGUCUGUAAUCUCGAACUGGUUGACGAUGUGCGGGGAUUACUGUGGAAUAGAAAUCCGAUGUACUAUACUCUGUACGAAUGUACCAUACAAAUAAAAACAGA